AUGAUCGAAAACGCUGACGCAGGGGAUGUGGCAAAUGGCGAAGACGAGGCGGAACUCAAGCUAGAACUGGUGUUGAACGAAAAUGGUGCUGCUGAAGAAGAAGCCGAAAUCGAGCUUGAACCACUGGAGAAUGAAUAUGCGGGAGCUGAGGAAGCCGAACUUGAGCUUGAAGUGGUGGAGAAGGGAAAUGCAGGGGUUGAAGCAGCCGAAAAUGGCGCAGAGGAACUUGAACUCGAUGAAGAAGACCCGAACAAAUUUGGGAAAGAAGGCGCAGUUGAAGCAGCCGAAAAUGUAGAAGAGGAACUUGAACUCGAUGAAGAAGAUCCGAACAAACUGGGGAAAGAAGGCGCAGUUGAAGCCGAAGACGACGAUGAAGAAAAUGCUGGCGUAGCCAUUGCCGAACUCGAAGAAGAUGAUCCAAACAAGGUUGAAGAAAAAGGUGAAGCUGUAGUAGUAGUAGUACCAGACGCAACUGAACCAGAUGAAGAAAACCCAAACAAACUGGAAGGUGACGCUGUAGUAGUAGUAGUACCAGACGCAACUGAACCAGAUGUAGAAAACCCAAACAAACUGGAAGUAGUACUAGAAAUUGAAGUCGAUCCAAACAAGCUUAACCCAGUAGCAGACGAAAUCGAGGUCGACGAAGCAGCUCCGAACAAAUUCGAACUCCCAAACGGCGACGAAGCAGCACUAGACAGCGUAGCUCCUAAAAGUGGCGAAGAACCACCAGACGUUGUCGUUCCGGAGAGUGGCGAACUGGUAGCAGAUGCCGACGAUGCAGAGGAACUGAAUCCGAAUGAAAAUGACGGAGCAGAAGCAGCGGAAGAAGCCAGAGCCGGAGACGAAUUGGCGAAUCCGAAGACCAAAGAAGGAGAUGAAGAUGAGGAGGAAGUUGAUGAUGGUGGUGCGCCGAAGCUAGGGUUAGGGUUUGAGAAAGGGAAAGGCGAGGAAGAAGAGGGUUGCGAGGAGCCGAAAAGAGAUGGUGCAGAAGCGGAUGAUGAGCUAGGGUUUGAAGAGAGAGAGAAGGGAGAGGUUGAGGAAGAUGAAGAUGCGAAUGAGAAUGGUGAUGAAGAGGAUGGGUUGGUUGAGAAUGAGAAGCCUGACAUUGUGAUUGAUUGA